AUGCAAUUAUAUUUCGAGUAAACUUUGCAUUUAUAAAUUAAAUUACUUUACUUAUAAAAUAUAUUUGAUUUCAGAAAAUUAACCUUUUCAAUAUUUUACAUUUUAUAAGAUAAAACAAAGAAAAUAAUAAAGGGUUCAGAAGAAAUGUAUUUAGGUAGUCGAGAUGGGUUAAAGGCAUAAAAUUUUUGGUAGAAAGUUAAUAAUAAAGACAAUCUACUCAUGAUAUUUAAAUCCAAAAGUGGCUCUAUCUUUGGAGCAUACUCUCCUUGUAAAUGGGAUUCUAGUAAAAAUACAUUUAUAGCAGAUAAUACAUUAACAUCUUUUAUAUUUUCAUAAACUCAUGAUUAAAUAUAUAAUUUGAAGGAGAAUUACAAGGAUAGAGCUAUUUAUUGUAAAAGUGAUUUUGGACCAUCAUAUGGAAAUUAUAAUGAUAUUGAUAUUAAAGGUGAUUUUACUGAUGGUCAUUCUAAUUUAGGAUGUGAUUAUGAAUUUGAUAGAGAUAAAAAUAAGAAUUAUUAAAUAUUUUCAGUUCAAAUAAAUCUACUAAUAGAUUUAUUUUUAAUCAAGAUAAGAUAGGAUGUCAAAAAACUUAAUAAAUAAUUUAAAUAACACUUAAUUCAAUAAUUCUACUUCUUAGCUUUUAAGAACAAAUAAUUUUGA